AUGGAUCCCCCACCCCCAAGUGGUGUUGACGUCUCGCGGCCCUCUGUCGCCCGAAUGUAUGAUUGCUAUCUUGGUGGGAAAAAUAACUACCCUUCAGACAGGGCCGCCGUUGCAGCAGUCAAAGAGGCGCUCCCCAACAUAAUCGAAAUCGUUGCCGAGGGACGUCAUUUUCUGAGACGUGUAAUUCGUUACAUGUGCUACCAAGGUAUCGAUCAAUUCAUCGAUAUUGGUUCGGGAUUGCCAAGUGCCGAUAAUACGCAUCAAGUAGCCCAGAGGGUAAACCCUAAAGCUCGCGUCGUUUAUGUCGACAUCGACGAGGCGGCUGUAGUUCAAGGCCGACAGAUCCUCAGUGGAAACCCUUCAACGGCUUUUAUACAAGGAUCGGUUCUAGAUUUGGAGCCCAUCUUGAACCAUCCUGAAACGCGCAAUCUCAUUGACUUCUCGAAGCCGGUGGGUGUGGUAAUGAUGGGGCUAUUGCAUUUCUUUGAUAUAGAUGUCGACCGCGGUAUUCUCAAUCUCUUACGGCAAAAACUUGCUUCGGGGAGCAUGAUCAGCUUUACACAUGGAGUCUUGGACUAUCAGAGUGAGGAGGCAGUUAAAGAUUUGCUGGCUGCUUAUGCAAGGACGCCCACACCAUUGAUAAUGCGCACAAUGACCGACAUUGCAACAGUAAUGAAAGGAUUUCCAGCAGUAGAACCCGGUCUUGUCUUAUUGCAUAAUUGGAAGAUGGAUAUGGCUGAGGAUGGAGAACCAGAGCCUCCACAGUCACUCAUCUGGGCUGGAACUGUAUUAGUCGUUUAG